CGCUUUUGCUCUCCGGUCAGGAAUUUAUAUCCGGCUCCCGCAAUUCCACAGCCGGUUAGUUUCCACUGUUUCCACAGACACCACGAUGCGGCUCGUUGCCAGUUUAACAGCAGCGGCCCUGUCGGGGCUGGCCCUCGGCGCGAGCCGGCAGAGUGCCGAUGUCUACAUUCUGCAAGCAUCACCUCAGAGCUCACCAGAUGUACCAAGUCUCCCUAAAGAAGUCGCCCGCCAUAUAUUCCUUCAAAGGACGUCGAGGCAGCGGUACGGUAGCGACCUGCGAGACAUUCCCGACUCAGUCGACCCCAAGACAGUGGUUGAACACAUUGCAAGAUUUGGGAAGAGGCCCACGCCCCUUUUCGCCGAUUCGUCCAGGACCGACGCGUCACAGCUUGUGGUACUCCUGGAAGGGUCCACAGCAGAACAAUCCGCCAGGCUCGAAAAGGAACUCGGGCAACAUGCCGCAUUCACCAUUUCUGACCCUCCUUCGGCGACUGCCAACAGCCACCUGAUGGCAGUCCUACAGAGACUGGGCGUCGCAUCACAGCAGCAAUGCGACAUCUCCGAUGUCAUCAACCCCUUUGACGACUCCUGCUGGACUGGCCCGUCUGCCGUCGUCAAGUACGACCUUCGAACGUCCCCCAAGACGCUAGACACUCUCCUAGACAACAUCCCCCGCCUAAACAGAAUCGUCACCAAUGGCGACCUCGAAGUCCUCCUCGUCCUCCUCCCCGAAUCAAGUCGCUCAUCCAAGCUCAACCAGUGGAGCGGCAGCAGCAGUAGCAGCAGCAGCAACCCAUCCGUAUCCGAUCUCCGCCGCCGCCGCGACGCCGAAACCGUCAUCUCGGACGACACCGUCGGCAACACACGCCCCAGCCAUGCUCCUCCCGUUGCCACCGCCGCGACGCGCAAAGCUAAGGCGAUACCGCAGUGUUUCAACUCAUUCGACAACUGCAUGUCCCGGACGGCCAACUGCUCGGGCCACGGCGAGUGUGUCAACAAGUACGGCUCCGGGUCCAGCACCAGCUGCUAUGCCUGCGCCUGCCAGGCGUCGGUGGUCAAGCCCGCUGACGAACAGCGCAACCGGGGCGAAAAGACGGUUCAUUGGGGCGGGAAUAUGUGUCAGAAGGAGGAUGUUAGCGUGCCCUUCUGGUUGAUUACGGGGUUUACUGUGACUAUUGUCGGGGCAGUUACUUUUGCGAUUGGGAUGUUGUUUAGUGUUGGGGAGGAGAAGCUGCCGGGGGUUAUUGGAGCCGGCGUUAGCAGGUCUAAGUAAAUGAAUGUAGGAACGGGUUGGUGGUGGUUGGGUAUGGGAUGGUGUGUAUUCCCGCUCACCGGGGGCCCGACACUGUAGGUUUGCUUGUGUUGGUUACUGGAUUGUCUACGGUAGACUCUCAGAGUGUAUCAUAUUGGUCUCGUGCUGUUGUACUCAGAAGAACGGCGUCGGCAUGGCAGGAACAGUCAAUCGGUUG